CUCCUCAACUCCAACUCAAUGUACCAGUACUGAUGAGAUCCUACCAGAGAGCCGAAAAACUUCCAUAAGAAGAUCAAUGAGCCCUUCUCCUUCUUUGUCUCGAUCGUCUCGAGACUUUCCUGAGCCAACAGCUUCAAAUGGCUACCAGCAACAAUGUGGGGCGGGGUAGUGAUCCAGCACGUGAGGAGUUCAUGCUGAAGAUACAAGCUUCCAUCCUGGAACGGUGCUUGAGAAAAGAAGUCCAAGAGAAACAAACAGUUGAAGAACGAUGUCGACUACUACGACAGAGGAUCAGCUCGAUGGAAGAUGAGCUCUCUGAGGCUGGAAAAGCAAGUGUGGCUCGUCGUUCCUUAGAAGACUCUUCCAGAUCCGAAUUUGAUGCCGUUGACCACGGCGAAUUCUUGAGAUGGCUAGCAUCAACUUCAAGAUCUGCUUCGAACACACCCCAACAAGAGCAUGCUGAGCUCCCUAUCUCCAACAAGAAAAGAACCCGGGAUUCGGCAGAUGGCUUUCAUGUCUUCUCGGUGGCAAUCUCGGAAACGUCUUCCGCUCACAGCACGAGUCAUACGAAACGAGUUCGAUAUACUUCAAAAGAAUCGCCACCCUGUCUCAGAUGUCGCAUACUCAAGAAGAAAUGCGAUGCAGCAGAGCCCUGUAGCCACUGUCCCACUCAAAGCUAUGAUAGUGAGAAUGAUUUCUGGAAAGUCCUUGGCUGCUUUCGAGGUCAUUUACGGGACAUGGCAAAUAUCUUCUGUCCUGAUUUCUCACGAGCUACUAGCAGGACACUGCAGAACCCAGUUGCUGGAAUCAAAACAAUAAACUUUGUUCUCACUAAAUCUCGAAUAUCUGAUCAGAAACGAGGACGUAUCAUGCACCUGAUACACCAUCUCGCCGACUUCAAGUCGCUCUCGGGUCCAGCGUGGGAAAAUCUCUCCUUCCGCGAAUCCAUAACUCGAUCUGCUACUUCUCUCGAACGAUUUGAGGGCGAUCCAGCUAUAUAUGGAAUUGAUUUGCAGGACUAUGAGGCCGCAUGGGCUAUACUUCAGCUAGUAUCGAUGGAUCACAUAUAUCUUACAAAGACAGCUUACAACCUGUUCAGCCUCUUACGACUAGGGAAUUGUUACGCAAAACACGAUCCAACUCGUUGGGAUAUUUUCUUGCAAGCAAAAAAGAUACUGCGUCAAUCUGUCGAGCUUUACUUACUUGAAAGACUUUGUUCUCAGAUAGCCCUCGGUGCUAUGAAUGGUCCAAUUCCCUUCGACACGACAAACCCAAUGCCCAAUACACUGGUUUUGGUUGAUCUUAAGGAAGAUAUCGAGUCAUUCCUUCAUAACUUCGAAAGACUUUGUGCAGGCCGUGCAAAGCUGUCGUGGAGUUCACAGCUGGCAGCGUUCUUCGCUCUCGCGACCUUUGGUAUCGCAAAGUCUGUCCUGACUGAUGCAUACAUGCUUAGAGAUAAGUAUGAGGAGACAAGCCGCUGGAGUCUCGACCACGCCCUCAAGAUGUCGAGUGCUUAUAAGGGCCUAGUCAGCGUAUUCUGCUGGGCGUCGAAAUCAGAUGUCAUGCUUCAAGUCGAGGAAGAUGAUCCAGCCAGGCCUGUUACUCUUGAACAAAUACAAGAAAUGGUUCACUUCAGCUCUUGGAUAGCAUUAGGAUUCAAGGGGACAAAAGAGUUUCUUCUCAGUCUGGGAACUUGUUUCUUACCAGAUGGUUCCUUUAAUGGUUUCCUUGCACAAAAAUUGGGCAUCGAUACAAUCCCGAAGCUACCGGCAGCAUCAGAUGAAUUACGCAAAGAUGACCCCACCAUUUCCCAGACCUUACCUUCAAGCUCACAACAAAUCGAUGACCGCUCUAGAAUCGUAUAUGCACCCAACACCCGGUCGAAUUACACAACAUCUAUUGAAGAUCUGAGUCCGCUUACUACUUUGGCCACUCCUCCUCCAAUAGGCAAUUAUACGUCAAUCAUGUUUGUACCCCAUGAUUUGGCAGGAGAUCAAGCAUUGACACGCGGUCACGGUGGACGUGAAUCGGACAUUCUAGAAAGAGCUGGAGAAAAUGGUGCAAUUGAAAAUCUGCCCAAGAGAUGAAAGAAAGCGAAGAAAUAGCUGAUACUAUACCCAAAGCUCGUAGAAGAACUCUGUGGAAACGUAUGAGCAUCAGCCAGAUAACUCUUUCAUCGGCUCAGCAUCAUUUCUGCUUCGUCAAGCUAUCAGAUCAUUACUGAUGACUUGUCCCACUGAUACAGUUCAUAAGAUGAAAUGAGAAAUUCUAGACAAAUGAGUUCUUGGUGUUGUCUCCUACGAACAGCAGCUUGGCCUAUACGCGAGCAACCUCGUUUGUCGACAUAAAGCAUAAUUCCUAACAC